AUGACUCCCGAGCAGCUUGCUAGGAAACGGGAAAACGACCGCAACGCUCAACGAGCCAUACGGGCUAGAACAAAGGCACAAAUCUCUCAACUUCAAGCAGAACUGGACGCGCUCAAAAGCACACCACACGCCUGCUGCAGGGCACUCCAGUUACGGAACCAAGAACUUGAGUGUGAAGUGGCACUGAUGAAGCAGAGCCUGCAAGCCACAUCCACACAUAAUGCCACGGUCCCAACUCAAGCAGCCUGGCACGGAUGUGUCAACAACACUCCCAAAGUCACGGAGGAGAUGAAAGUUCCCAACAUGGGAAGUUUCAACAGCAACUUGGAGAUGAAAAGCGGUGGGCCUGCAGGAAUCUUGCCUUCGUCUUUGCCCGUUGGCUGUGGCGCAUCUGGCGUGGAUCUCACUGGAAUGUCAAUGCUUUGUCCAGAAUGCGGACAGGUGAGCAAAAGUGCUGCUUUGCAAAACCACACGGUCACCCCUUACACUGAAGGUAGUACCGCCAGUGAAGUUAGCUAUGGAACGGCGAGUGCGGAACCAAUGUGUCCGCUAGCAAAUACUUGGAUGGGGAAUUUGGAAGCAAUGGAGACGGGUUAUGGGAAUGCUGGGCCGAAUCUGGAAGAACCGAUAACUUGGGAGAUUGAAAACAUGGCGUCUUUAAGUCAUACACAUAAACCCCCCUUUCAGCAAUAA